AAUCAGCUUUUCCCCUCCCCAUCUCCUCAAACCAUCCAGAAAUAAAGACAGAAACAAAGGAGAAAAACAUACCAGAUUGAGUACUGGAGAAGGAAACAGAGAAGAAUGGUUGGACCGUCGAGACCUUUGUUCGUGCUGUUCGGUUCCUCCAUUGUCCAAUUCAGUUAUUCCAACCAAGGUUGGGCUGCGAUUCUUGCUGACAUCUACGCCCGUAAGGCAGACAUAGUGUUGAGAGGAUAUGCGGGUUGGAAUUCAAGGCGUGCCUUACAGAUCCUAAACCAAGUCUUCCCAAAGAAUGCUGCUGUCCAACCUUCUUUGGUCAUUGUUUAUUUCGGUGGCAAUGAUUCAAUGAAACCUGACUCAGCUGCUCUUGGCCCUCAUGUACCUCUUCCUGAAUAUAUUGACAACAUGAAGAAGAUUGCUACCCAUCUGAAGAGUCUUUCGGAGAAUAUACGAAUAAUCUUUCUUACUUGUCCUCCAAUCAAUGAGGAACAAAUACGCCAAGCUCAACUCAUUGGUGUUGAAGGUCGAACUAAUGAGUCCUGCAGGAUUUAUGCGGAAGCUUGUAUGGAAGUAUGCAAGGAAAUGGAUGUGAAGGGUAUUAAUAUUUGGACUGCCAUCCAACAAAAAGAAGAUUGGAUGACAACCUGCUUCACGGAUGGCAUCCAUCUUGCAUCGGAGGGGAGCAAAAUAGUUGUGAAGGAAGUCCUGAGAGCUAUCAGAGAAGCAGAGUGGGAACCAAGUUUAUAUUGGAGGUCAUUGGCAUCCGAGUUUGCGGAGGAGGAAUCAGCUUUUCUGUCAGUAGGUGAUGAUGGAAAGCAAAUAAGCAUUUCUGACCUUGAUAUUCAAAGAUAUUCUCAAUGGGAAUAGUCUUACAAAAACAAAUUGAUUCUUGAAUUGUUGAGUGGAUUAAGAGCCCUUGAUCACAUUCUAGUAAGAGCUGGGACUUGGAGGGCCUUUUGUUUUGAUUGUUCUUUUUUUUUUUUUGUUCCUGAAUAUGUAACUGAGUUUACUUAUCUAUUAUAAAUGAAAAUUGUUUGU